AUGAGGCUGAGCGUGCGCGAGGUGGACAAGCUGCGGCUGCAUGCAGCAGGCGCGCUGGCGCAGAGGCGCCUGGCGCGCGGAUUGAAGCUCAACUACCCCGAGGCGGUGGCGCUCAUCGCCACGCAGGUAGGGGGAAGGGGGAAGGGGGAAAGGGGAAGGGGGAAGGCGCAGAGGCGCCUGGCGCGCGGAUUGAAGCUCAACUACCCCGAGGCGGUGGCUCUCAUCGCCACGCAGGUGCUGGAGUAUAUUCGAGAUGGCAAGAGCGUUGCAGAGCUCAUGGACCUCGGCAAGCAGCUUCUGGGAAGGCGCAACGUGCUGCCAGCGGUGCCAGUGCUGCUAGACGUGGUGCAGGUGGAGGGAACCUUUUCUGCCCUCGACUCACAAGCCCCCCUCUCCCAUCCCCCCCUCCCACACAUCAGGCGCAACGUGCUGCCAGCGGUGCCAGUGCUGCUAGACGUGGUGCAGGUGGAGGGAACCUUCGCAGAUGGCACGAAGCUGGUGACGGUGCAUCACCCAAUCAGCCGCGAGGACGGAGACCUCUCCCUCGCUCUGCACGGCUCGUUUCUGCCAGGUGAGGGGUCUAGUGGGAUGAGGAUGGGGUGA